ACAGCACGGCCACCAUAUAUACCAGCCGAUCGAUCUCUCCACACGACUGCCAAUGUAAAUCCCCGUAAAAUAUCAUGUAAUUUUACACCUAUUAAUACGACACCGUGUCACAUCGUGGGGUUGCGGAACGGUGUGACUGGCGACAGGAGGGAUGUGAGCCAAAGACGGAUCGAGAGACUAGUCUCGUUAUAACGAGGAAAUAUCGCAUAUACGUCGCAGACGUAUAGACAUAAUGUGUGUGUGGUAGAUACUGUGCGUCAUCAUCAUUAUCAUCAUCGUCAUCUUCAUCACAAAGCAUUGGCAGCAGUGAAUUAAAGUGUCGUAUGGAUUUUCCAGCAUCGCUACCAGCACCAGCGGCUGUAUCCAUGAUUGCAUGUAUUCUGACGACGAAACGUUGGCUGUUUGUGAGAGAUCGGUUAUAUAAUGCAAGCUAGCACACCAGGCGAGCCACAAUCAGCCGAUAUAACAAGGGUAUCUUCUUCUUUAUAUCGCCACAGCAGUAGUGAGAGCGGCACCAGUAGCGAAGGAGUCAAAUGCAUCCCUUUUAACCCUGCCACAAGGGAGAGCAUCAGUGGCGUCUCCAUAACCAUGAAAACCCAGCCCCGGAAAGACGGUUUCGACCCCGACCACAAGACAACGACUCGGAUAGAUUUCGGAGAUUUCUUUCCCGACGGCGGUUGGGGCUGGGUGGUAACAGGGGCCGCCACCUUGGUAAACAUUUUGUGCAAUGGAUUUCAUUACGCCUUCGGGACACUGUAUCUCUGUAUACUCGAACAGAAGGAAUUGAAACAUCGAGCAGACGCCAUCAACACAGCAUGGCUUGGGAGUGUCGGUGUCAGCAUCACGUUGUUCCUUUCGCCUGUCAUUGCUACGAUCUGUCAACGAAAAAGCCCAAGACUGUACGCCGUCAUUGGGGGCCUUAUCUGUUCCCUUGGGUGCUUGUUUUUAGCCUUCUCAACAGAAAUGGAUCAGUUGUUUAUCAGUCAUUGUGUCGUGCUUUCAUUGGGAAGUGGUAUUACUCUUACUUCUGCCAAUAUCAUUGUUGGACGUUACUUCCGUCGGAAACGACAGAUAGCGGAAAUGAUAAUGAUUUCCGGUACAGGUCUCGGUGCCGCUGUGAUGUCUGUGUUGUUUAGGAACCUGUACAAAAAAUUAGAAUGGCGGGUAGCCCUUCAGUGCCUAGCUGGUAUUCUUGUGUUGACUAUCUUCGCAGGAUCACUUUAUCGCUCCGCCUCCAUGUAUCACCCACGGCGGAAAGUUAUUGUGCACAUUAAGUCCCAGAAAAAAGGUCGCCGGGAUCAGGAGGAUAGCAACAAUGUAUCCUACUUUGACUUUUCAGCACUAAGGAUGCGCUCCCUCCAGGCCCUCAUGUUUAUCACGGGAAUAGUGGGGCUUGGAAUUUACGUCCCGUUCGUCGUGAUGAUAAAGACAGGGUCAGAACAUUAUGACAAGGACAUGUUACUGCUGUAUAACGUUUACCUGGGUCUCGGAUUCCUACUCGGCUGUCUUAUUCACGGAUACAUCGUCAUCCGCGAGAGUAAGGAGUGCAUUAUAUCUACCCACCACCUGUGCCAGUCCUCGUGCAUAGCGUGCGGGGUGCUCACUCUCCUCCUCAUCAUGGCUAAAGACUUCAAUGCCUUCGCCCUAUAUGCCUGGGUGUUCGGUAUCUUCUGUGGAGGCUACCACUACACUCUCAAAAUAUACACGUACGAACUGGUCAAGCUCAAAAUCAUGGAGAGGGCUUGGGCUUUUGUGGCUGUGGGGCAGUGUAUCCCAAUAUUGAUAGGAUCGCCAAUCUCGUUAUACCUCAACAGAACUUACGACACACCGAAGGCUGGCUAUAUUUUCUCCGGCGUGUCAAUGCUGCUGGGGGGAAUACUCUUCUUUUUCAUGCCAAUGUUUGAAAAGCAUAAAUCAAACCAGGAGAUGAUCCAAAUUGCGAAAAACACAUGUAGCAAGAACAGUGCUGAGGCGGCAGCUCUGCUCGACCUUGACCUUACUGAAGCUAUGAUCACGAAGCCACUUAACAAUGUACAGUUCAUUGUGUCGCCUUCCCGCCUAAAACAAAACGGUAAAGAUACGGGACGCAUUCAGAUGCAGUGUUUCAUACAUCACAAAGAGAAAGAAAGACCUAGACAGAUAUUAUUAUCUAAGAUUACAGAGGAAAAGGAAGGCUUACGUCUCGACUUCAACGAAGUGUCUCACGCCUCGCUGUCCUCCAAGGCAACGGACAGUUCAUCGUCCUACUCUAACAGACGGGACAGGUUUGAGCGGUCGGAACUCUCCCAUAGCUGUCCACAUACGUCAGAAUAUCCGAGCGACAGCACACAUUCAAAUCACACGGGGAAGUCCGCCCAGUCGGAGAGCAAUUCAUCACGCUCGGGCGACCACCGCGGUGACCACCGCAGCGAACAUAGGAAAUUCAAAAAGAGCAUGGACAACGUUCGGAUAGAAUUGUUCGAUCCCCCGAGCCAGGAGAAAGAGUCGACAGCCACUGUUUCAUAUGACAGUGAUUUGUACAUAAACUUGUGUGAGGCCCAGGUUUAAUAUAUAUACUCGUUAUGUUUACAUUAUAUAUACAUAAUAUUUUUCAGUUUUAUGUCUAGCGUGACUAUUGUAAUGAUAAUUCAGCUUUCAAGAUAAGUUUUAGAAAUAACGUUGGCGUUUCCUUCGCUGCUCAGGUCAAGGAAGGAUACACACGAAGGCAGCAAUGUGAUAUACUUUCUGGACGUACGCUCAUGUUUUACAUGUUACGGGCUGUCAUUGGGUUGAUGUUUCUGGAUUAAGCUGCACAUGUUGACUGUAUUGUCCUGUCACUUGGGGUUGGUAUUUCGAUGUUUCUUGACUGAACAAUAUCAAUUUCUGGACGGCUGAUCGCAUUGGUUUAAUCACUUAACCAAUUGAUUGGGAGGGCUUCAUGGGACUACACUGUUCUUGGGGGU